AGAUAACAGUUUGCCGCUGAUUCAGAGUAACCACUUCUCACGCUUCUGUCUUCUUGUUUGCAGCUGCUCUUGUCAAAGAUGUGUACUGGAAAGUGUGCUCGUCUAAUAGGGCUCACUUUGAUCCCAAUGAGCUUUGCAUGUAUAAUAUCCAACCUGCUUUUAUUAUUUCCAGAUGGAAAAAAGCUGCCCUCUGACCACAUAACAAUACAAGCCUGGCUCAUGGGGGGAAUCAUCGGAGGUGGUUUAUUUAUCCUGUGUCCAGGCUGUUCGGCCAUUAGAGCUGGUGGCAAAGGUUGCUGUGGAGCAGGAUGUUGUGGAAAUCGAUGCCGGAUGCUGAACUCUGUGUUCUCCUCUGCCUUUGGUGUGGUGGGAGGUUUGUACUGCCUGUCUGUGGCAUCAUCAGCACUCAAUGAUGGCCCCAAAUGCAAGACUGCUGAAAACAAAUGGGAGUACCCCUUUUCUGGAAAUAACAGCUACUUGUUCAACAAGGACCUAUGGAAAUCAUGCAUAGAGCCCAAUAACAUUGUCCUUUGGAACAUCGUUCUCUUUUCCAUUCUGCUUAUUCUUGGAUUUGUGGAAGUGGUGCUGUGUGGCAUUCAGGUUAUCAACGGAUGUUUUGGCUGUGUGUGCGGGGACUGCCGCAAGAGGGGUCGAGAGGAUGAUGAUGGCUUUUGAACACUGCUGAGACAAUCCAAUUUUAUUAUCUUCUCCUCCCAUUUUCAACUAUUAUGCACAACAUUUUACUGUGCGUUACUAUGCAGGAUGACAUGAUGUAAAAAGAAGCCCCUCCAGAUGCAUCCAUCUCAAAAUUGAUGUUUGUGCAAAGUCCUGAGAUAUCAAGUCACAGCAUCUUCAAGUAAAUCGUCAUAAAGAUGUGAAAGCUAACACUCCAAAAUAUCUGUAAUGUUUACCAAAGAAUGUAACAAAACAUCUUAAUGAGAAGUGGCCAUUCAGUCCGGUACAGUCUGUCCUUUCCUUUUCAUGUCUUUAUGUGCAGCAACAGAAUUUCUGAAGCAGCCCAUCUCAUUGUUCAAUAUUCUUGGCCCACUAUUAUCCAUAUCUGGUGUGUGCCUGCCAAACUCAUGUCAUUCUAACAUUCAAAUCCAAACUCAGAACUUCUCUAUUGUAUCCUGAAAUGAAAAUUCUUUACUCCGUGUCACUGAUUUUUCACCGUACACUGUAUCCUUACAACAUCUUGAUGACAGUGAAUCAAUUCUUAAAGAAGACAUUGCUUCAUUUUGUACUGUGAUAUUAAUUACUGUUUAAAUGGCUAUGUAAAAGAGGAAUAGAGGAAUGUAGCUUUAUAAAAUGUAAGCCAAUAAACUGGCAAUGUUGCAGAUUUUAAACAUUUUUUGCAAGUGUUGUUGAAAGACCCCACCAGACACCUGAGGUGGUGAGCUGACAUACCCCUGCCAUUCUCUAUCUUCAUUCUCUCUUGUCCUCAAGAUAUCUGUUGUCAAGGGACAAACAGCGGACCCCAGCCCUGUGAAGGCAAACUGUGCCUGAGGAUUUGAGGGGAAAGGCUUCUGAAGAAGCUCACUUUCCAAAAGUCACAUUGAACCAAAAACUGUCUUGAAGCAAAGAUACAAAAGGUCUUUAAGAGUCUGAGUGCCAAGCCUCCAUCUGCUUGAUAUGCUAAGGCUCACAUUUUCUGUGAGUCAGGCAGGCAGCCCAGCAGAUUCAUCCUUUUCCAUUAGGGUGGUGGAAGACACGACCAAAAACUCACCUUAAGCACAAAAUAUGCUAUAAUUGGUUUUAUUUCUCUAGCACUGCAUUCUGGGAUUGUUUCAGAUGACAUGAAUGGAAAAGAAUUCAGGCUUUAAGAAAACUAAAACUCCCUAAUAUUACCAGUUUCUUUUCCUCAAAGUCGUUUAAACCCCUUCAGUCACAGUGAUUGAUAUAUCAAAAUAUCAGAUUGAUUGUUAAUUUCUUUUUAUGUCUUAUUUUUUUUAAUGAGAGCAAUGUUUAUGUUUCUAAUGAUAUAUGUGCUGCAGUAUUUCUCUAAAUAAACACAAGCACCUUUCAAAUAA